CAGAUUUAGAUGCCGUAGGAGGAUAUCGAUCAAUCAAUGGUCUUUCGGAUUCAAGGAAACAAAGUAUUUCUCGUGCCACAUCACCAACACACUUCAAACCACCACCCACGCCACCACCAAACCAACCAUUACCUCCAACACCAUCAGCGCCAUACUCACCACCAUCGACGCCAAUUCAUGGUACACCUAUGAGCUCAUCGCUACGAACUACGAAUUCGAGAAUGGACCUGCGUGGUGGCUCCGAUGGUGCAAGUACACCCACGCCAGAUCCGACAUUAGAGAUCCAAAAACUACAAAAGAAAAUAACAACAAUGGAAACAGAAAAGACGCAAUAUAACCAAUUAGUUGAAACACUAGAAGCGUCACUCAACGAUACAGAGGAGAAUCUCAAAGUAGCAAAACAACAAUUACAAUAUUUGCAACGUGAAAAAGCCGAUCUCCUGAAUCAAACGAAAAGCCUGAAAACUCAAUUAGAGGAGAUGGCCAUACAAUUUGAGGAUACUAAAAAUUCAGUGCAAGAAGAAAAGAAA